GGUCCUGGGCGUGUGCUUGCGUCUCUGCAGCUGCGCUCAUGGCGUUCCGGAGCUCUGAGGCUGGCGUUGUGGGGUGCAGGUGAGGGCCUGGGGUGCCGGGUCAGGUGGAAGGCCUCUGCCUGGGGUGUGUGUGGGUCCCCAGUCCUAACAGUGACCUGCAGGGCCUCAGCCGGCAUGACCCUUUGGGGUAGGGCGCCUGCAGCAGGGCCUUUGGGGGAGGGCGGGCCCAGCAGGACCAGGUCCAGCACCCCGCCCCGGGGCCCCUCAGAGACGUCAUGUCCAUGGGGACCCCGGGGGGCCCGGCUUGUUUCCCGAGUUGACAGAGCGCGUUGCUCUGUCUCUGCUGGCAGCGGGCCUUCCCCGCCCAGCGCCCAGGGCUGCAGCGAGGAGCGAGGCCAGGGCUCCGGCCGGGUCAAGGCGGCCCCCGAGCGGCCAGGCCCUGGCCUCCCGCGGAAUGUGCUCAGCGAGAGGGAGCGCAGGAAGCGCAUCUCCGUGAGCUGUGAGCGCCUGCGGGCUCUGCUGCCCCGGUUUGAUGGCCGGCGGGAGGACAUGGCCUCGGUCCUGGAGAUGUCCGUGCAGUUCCUGCGGCUCGUGGGCACCCUGCUGCCGGGCCAGGAGCAGCACACCGUUUUUGCUUCUUCCAAGGAGCCGUGGCACAAGUGGCAGAAGGACGUCACACAACUGGCUAUGUUGGGUCCAGCUGCAGCAGUGGCACCAGACUGUGGCUUGGAAGCGUGUGGCCUGACCAUGCCACAGGCUCCUCCAAACUGUGCCACUGCAGGAGUGGGUGAAGCCCCAUUGGGGGUGGCCGAGGUGCUGGAUGGGCCACCAGCCCUCCCUGAGCCCUGCAGCCUGCUUUCCCAGCCCCCAGGCCCAAGUCCCUCCAAGGUCCUGAGGCCGCCCCCACCCUGGCCUGCCCACUCCUGGCAGCCAUCCUCCCCCCUGGUGAGCGAAGAGGCUCAGAGCUGCCUGUGCCAGGCUGGGGAGCCCCCGGCAGAGGGGGCCAAUUCCAUCAUGACGCUGGACACCAGUUCUCUGCUCCCAUCCAGGCCUGCAGCAGGAUGUGAUGUGGAAGACGGGAUGUCCUUCUUGCUGAACGCCAGUCCUGACUGGUGGCUGGGGUCUCUGGAGGGCAGAGGCGCCAGUGUCCCUUCUCGGAGCACAGCCAGGAGCAGUCUGCUGGACAGGGCAGAGCCCAGCUUCCUGACAGACCCCGAGCCCGGCUCCCAGGAGCUCCUGGGCGGCCCCCUGGAGCCGUGGGGCUCGGACGUGGGCUGCCCCAGCCUGGCCCUGCGGGAGGAGGUGGACAGCAUCUUCCCUGACUUCUUUCCCUUCUAGGCCGGGGGGGCGGGGGACUGGGCCUGUGUUGCACACGUGUGUCACACACCCUGGUGGCUUAUUUUGGGUUCGGGUGGCAGCUGUGCCCUGCUCCCGCAUGGCUGGCGGGGUAACGGUGGUGGAGGCUGAGAUUAAAGGCAGGCCGGUGCUCCUGCAGAAA